AUUUUACUUGUUAAGAUAGUAACAUUUAUCAUGGUUCCAAUCGAAAUUGUAUAUUACAUUCAGAAUACAUUUUAAGGCUGGGACAAAUGAAAACUAAAUAUGUUUCAACUUUUAAAAAUGUUUUGAAAAUUUACAUACAACUGUAAAAUAAUGAACAAAUUUACUUAAACAAACUACAGAGGGAAAUAUACUUUACAAAAGAUUUACGUUUUAAAUAAUUCUGCGAGUAGAACAGUAGAACCGGUCGAUGGUGGGGGGUAAUCGAAAAUAGUGGGGUUUGGCGAAAAGAGGUUGGGGAAACGUGAGCAUAUUCACCUUCCGUUCUCUUGAAGUGUGCGUGGAUUAAUACAUAAUACAGCCAUGGGUCGCAAAUUUUUUGUCGGUGGUAAUUGGAAAAUGAAUGGUACCAAAAGUGAAAUAGACAAUAUCGUCGCUUUUUUAAAAACUGGGCCGCUCGAUCCAAAUGUUGAGGUUGUUGUUGGAGUACCGUCGAUAUACUUAACAUAUGCAAAAAGUAUAUUACCUGCUAAUGUUAACAUCAGUGGCCAAAAUACAUACAAGGUAGCAAAAGGAGCAUUUACCGGAGAAAUCAGUCCUGCUAUGUUAUUAGAUAAUGGAAUUCCUUGGGUAAUUCUUGGUCAUUCAGAACGCAGAAAUGUCUUUGGUGAAACAGAUGAAUUAAUUGCAGACAAAGUGGCUCAUGCCUUAGAAGCUGGCUUGAAGGUAAUCGCAUGUAUUGGAGAAAAAUUAGAAGAACGUGAAGCUGGAAAAACGGAGGAAGUAGUCUUCAGGCAAACUAAAGCUAUUGCGGAUAAAAUCAAAUCUUGGGAUAACGUAGUUGUGGCCUAUGAACCAGUGUGGGCCAUUGGAACUGGUAAAACUGCGACUCCUCAACAAGCUCAGGAAGUACACGAUAAACUAAGGCAAUGGUUUUCUACUAACAUAAAUCCUGCAGUCGCUGAAAAUGUUAGGAUUAUUUAUGGAGGAUCGGUAACAGCAGAAAAUGCAAAAGAUUUAGCAAAAGAGAAAGACAUUGAUGGAUUUUUAGUUGGAGGAGCAUCCUUGAAACCUGACUUUGUACAAAUUGUUAAUGCUAAACAAUAAGAUUGAUAUUCCUUAUUACAGAAAAGUAUUGUUCAAUAAUUAUAAAUGCAAGUUAAAACUGUAUAUUUUAUGAGAUAUAAAAAAAAGUUUACUUUCUUGUUGAAUAUAGAAAUAUCAAUGUCAUGAAUAUUGCAGUGAAAUAUUAUACUAAAAUCAAUGAUAUUUUGUUCUGUUCUUCUUUUUAAGAAUAUAUAUUUCUUGUAAAUAUUUAAUCAUCUAUAGCAUAAUAAAUGUUACAAUGAAAGAUUA